AUGACAAACUACAACAUCACCAUCACCAGCGACAUCGUGUGCCCAUGGUGCAUGAUCGGCCAUAACCGCCUGUCGCGCGCCAUCGCCGAACACAAAAGGCAGCACCCCGACGACAAGUUCAGUCUGAAAUACCUACCCUUCUACCUCCAGCCACCACCUCAAUUAACCACAGGCAACGGUCCCGCGCCACCGCCCUUCCCGGCCCCCUCGAGGCCGCGAAGGGAGAUGUACGCCGCCAAGUUCGGCCCCGAGCGCGCGAAACAGAUCGAAGCCAUGAUGACGCAGACGUCCAAGGCUGAGGGGCUGAAUUUCAAGUUUGGCGGCAUGACGGGGCCCAGCCGGAACGGACAUCGGCUUGUCUACUGGGCGCAGGGCAAGGGCGGCGAGCACUCGCAGAAUGAAGUCAUGUUGGGCCUCUGGAGGAGGUAUUUCGAGCAGGAGGUCGAUAUCACGACGCUUGAGACGCUCGUCGAGGUCGGGCUCGAGGCCAACCUGGGCACCAAGGAGGAGAUCACCGAGUAUUUGACGUCGGGCAAGGAUGGGGAAUUGAUCGAUAAGAUGGCCGAGGAAGCUCAUAUGAAGGGGAUCAGUGGCGUGCCGUUUUACGAAAUCAAUGAUGUCUGGGAGGUCAGUGGAGCGCAGGAUCCGUCGGCGUUCAGGAGUCUGUUCGCGAGAUGGAAGACUAUGGAGGCGAAAGGACAGCUGCCAGCGGGUGCUGGAACAGGUGCCAGUGGAGACUCAUGCUUGUGA